AUGCAACCAAUAACCAUUAGUAAUAAUCCUGUUAAAGUUACGAAACUAGCAACAGCAAUUCCUCAUACAACGUCAACCACUAACGAUAAUCUAGGUUUAAAAGUUGGUCUCAGUAUCUCGAUAGUUCCUUACGUCAAUACUUACGGAAAUCACAAUUAUGACGAUAUGACUAAACUUAAAAGGUUAAAGCUCCCUAAUAAUCGGAUCGAGGAACUAAAUCUCACCGGAUCAUCAAAUAUUGAAUGUAAUAAUAAUUUACUUACCGAGUUACAGUGCGAAAUAUAUAGAAAAAAAUACUUUUCUUCCAAAACCACUACCACUAGCACUAGCAAAAGAAUACAACCAACAACCACUAUUAAACAUCUUGCUACAGCAACACCAAUCACUGACAAUAAUUUAGGUUUAAAAAUCGGUCUUAGUGUUGUUGAAAUUAUUGCCAUUUCUUGGCAAGAUAAAGAGCAAGAAGCCCAGGAAUUAGAAAAUGCUGAUGAGGAGAUAUAUUAA